GGUUGGUGCCUUCUCGUACUACAGAGCCACACUGAGGUCUUUGCGCACAUCGCUACAUUGGGAAUCUGGUGGACAGAGCCGAGUCUCCCCCCCCGCUCACUGCCCGAUAGAAAUCACAGCCAGGAAAGGAAACGCAAGAUUUGAUACGCCGUCGAUUGCAAAGACAGCAGGGACUCUGGUUUAUUCCCCGUGGUGGCAUUAGCUCGCUGCACGGCACUAUCAAGACAGCUUGGACUGCGCUCCCUUCCCUCUCCUGUCAGAGCUUAGUAGCCAACGCGCGUACUUGUCAAAACGGGCUUUAUUUGUGUUUGCUCUCAGCUGGAUUACCAUUUCCAUCAAAUAUCUUGAAGUUGGCAGCCGGCGGCGACGUUUCCCCAAGGGCUUACAAUUGUUUGUAAACCCCCUCGUUGCGCUUGCUACACGCGUCUCCUUCAUUGAGCAGAUACUCAAGUGCUUGUAAAUCUUCUGGACUUGGACUUGGGACCCCAGAAGGAGCUUCGGUGCUGCACCUGACAGGAGCGGCUCCAAGGAAUCUGGCGACAAGAAACUCGUAUCCUGCUUCCGAAGCUGAGGGGAAACUCAAAAUCCUGCAGAAAUGCCUCUUGCACAGAUCGCGGAGCCAUGGCCCACAAUGGAACUAGUGCAGCUAGAAACAGAGAACGGGCAGAGCACUGCUGAGGAUGGAGUCACGCCUGCUGUCAAGGAGGAUGCAGACAUCAAGGAGAUCAACAUCACCCAUGUGGUUAAAGAGGGUUCAGAGAAGGCUGACGCCUCCCAGUUUGAACUCCUCAAAGUCUUGGGACAGGGAUCUUUUGGCAAGGUGUUCUUGGUGCGAAAGGUGACGCCUCCUGAUGCCAACCAGCUCUAUGCCAUGAAGGUCCUCAAAAAGGCCACGCUCAAAGUGAGAGACCGAGUGAGGACAAAAAUGGAGAGAGACAUCCUGGCAGACGUUAACCACCCAUUUGUUGUCAAACUUCACUAUGCAUUUCAGACAGAGGGGAAGUUGUACCUGAUCCUGGACUUCCUCAGAGGCGGUGAUCUCUUCACUAGACUGUCUAAAGAGGUGAUGUUCACAGAGGAGGAUGUGAAGUUUUACCUGGCAGAGCUGGCACUGGGACUGGACCACCUGCACGGCCUGGGCAUCAUUUACAGAGACCUCAAACCUGAAAACAUUCUACUUGAUGAGGAGGGUCAUAUCAAACUCACUGACUUUGGCUUAUGUAAAGAAGCGAUUGACCAUGAGAAGAAGGCCUACUCGUUCUGUGGCACUGUGGAGUACAUGGCACCGGAGGUGGUUAACAGGCAGGGACACAUCCACAGCGCAGACUGGUGGUCAUUUGGAGUACUAAUGUUUGAGAUGUUGACAGGAGCGCUGCCAUUCCAAGGGAAGGACCGUAAAGAAACUAUGAACCUGAUUCUGAAGGCUCGUCUGGGAAUGCCUCAGUUUCUGAGUGCCGAGGCUCAGUCUCUGCUCAGGGCUUUGUUCAAGAGGAACCCUUCCAACAGGCUGGGGUCUGGAGCUGACGGUGCGGAGGAGAUCAAACGACACUGCUUCUUCUCCACCAUAGACUGGAAUAAACUCUUCCGUAAAGAGAUAAAGCCGCCAUUCAGGCCGGCCGUGGCUCGUCCCGAUGACACCUUCUACUUUGACUCGGAGUUCACUUCCCGCACCCCAAAAGACUCCCCCGGCGUGCCGCCCAGCGCUGGAGCCCACCAGCUCUUCAGAGGCUUUAGCUUUGUCGCAUCGACGAUGUUAGAGGAGGAGGGCUCAGAGGAAUCACCCCAGGCUCCGCCACACCCAGUGGUCCAGCAGUUACAUGGGAAAAACCUGUUGUUCAGCGAUGGCUACGUGCUAAAGGAAGACAUCGGCAUGGGUUCCUUCUCUGUCUGUAAACGCUGCAUCCACAAAGCCACCAACACAGAAUACGCCGUCAAGAUGAUUGACAAGACCAGUACAGACCCCUCAGAGGAGAUUGAGAUUCUUCUUAGAUAUGGACAGCACCCCAACAUCAUAACACUGAAGGAUGUGUACGACAAUGGGAAGCAGGUGUUCCUGGUGACGGAGCUGAUGCGUGGAGGAGAGCUGCUGGAUCGCAUCCUCAAGCAGAAGUUAUUUUCUGAGCGUGAGGCCAGCGCUGUGCUCCACACCAUCACUAAGACUGUGGAGUACCUCCACUCACAGGGGGUGGUGCACAGAGACCUGAAGCCCAGCAACAUUCUGUAUGUCGAUGAGUCAGGGAAUCCAGAGUCGAUCAGGAUCUGUGACUUUGGCUUCGCCAAGCAGCUGCGUGCCAACAACGGCCUGCUGAUGACUCCAUGCUACACAGCUAACUUCGUAGCUCCUGAGGUGUUGAAGCGUCAAGGCUAUGACGAAGGCUGUGACAUCUGGAGUCUCGGAGUCCUGCUGUACACCAUGCUGGCUGGUUUCACUCCAUUUGCUAACGGACCUGAGGACACUCCAAAUGAGAUCCUGAGUAGGAUAGGCAGUGGCCACUUCAGUCUGACUGGAGGCAACUGGGAUGCCGUGUCUGAUGCUGCCAAGGACCUUGUGUCCAAGAUGCUUCAUGUGGACCCCCAUCAGAGACUGACAGCCAAGCAGGUCCUCAGACACCCCUGGAUCGUCCAGAGAGACCACCUGCCCAACAGUCAGCUCCCACACCAGGACCCCAAACUGGUCAAGGGUGCAAUGGCAGCCACCUACUCCGCCCUGAAGAACUCCCAACCCACUCCUGAGCUCAAGCCCAUCGAGAGCUCCUUCCUAGCCCAGAGACGUGUCAAGAAACUCCCCUCCACUUCCCUGUAGAGACUCAACACAACCAAUCAGCUCACUGGAGACUGACCAAAACCACACCUCCUGGCUCAAACCACCCAGUCAGCUUGCUUGGGGACUCGUGUCCACCUGCUACUACCAGCCAAGGAACAGUGACUGUGGUCCUGCCCCCAUCAUGUGACAUCAGUUGUCCCGCUCUUGCUAUCAUUCUCCUUAUAUGGGCUUGUCACCCCCUGUUAGUCGGCCUCAUUGGACUAGCAAAAUGACAUGAAGGUGGAUGGGGGCACAGAGGGCAAAAAGGGUGCAGGUUUUUGGCAGAUGUGUUAGCGCAAUGUGCGUGCGUGUGUGUUUGUGUGUGUGUAUGUGUGUGUGCGUGCGUGUCACUUGCCACAGAGUCAGUGCGGCCAUGUUUUUGAUAGUGAUAAAGGAAGUGUUUUCUCUCCUCCACAUUGCUGUGAUUGGUUGUCAUUCAGCUUGCUGCACGCCUGUCUGUCUGCCUGUUUUGUCGCCUGUCUCCCUGUUCUUUUUUUCUGACGUUGAUGAGCUUUAUAUUAACCGGUAGUGCUGCCAAAUCCACAGCACUGCCCAGUUGCUGUUAAAUGUUUUGAAAGAGCAUUAUUAACAUGGAUAUUAAAAAAAAAAAAAAAGGACACAUUUCUGCCAUAAAUGCCUCUUUGGUUUUGGUACAGCCAGAAUAUGUGAAUUCUGGAAAAUGUCAAAUGCUGAUGUUUUGGUUUAUGUCGAUCUAUGCUUGUAUUUUGUUUCACAGAGAAUGUGUGUAUGUGUUAGUUGCAUGACUUUGCAGUGUGUGCGCGUGCGUGCGUGUGUGUGUGUGUGUAUGUAUUGUCUUGCGGGAUGCUGCAGGGUCAUGUGCAUGAUCCGUUGCCGUGAUGAUGUCAUGUGGCUUCCUCACCCCCCCUCCCUUCCUUUCACUCUGCAACCUGCUGGCAACCAUUUGAGAUAUGUCUGUUAUUUUUAUUACGUACAAAAAAUAGUAACAUAGGUGGCUUUCUGUGAAAGAAACUUGCCUGAGGAACAUUGUGGCAUGUUAAAUUCUCUAUAUUUUCUUUGUUCUCUUGUUUUCUGUUUUUUUUUUUUUUCCACUGUGUUUCUUGGAUAAUGUAUAUUGAAUGCUGUUUCUCGUGUUUGCUGCUUUCGUUGUUGAUUGUUUUUGUUUGUUUGUUUUUGUUUAUUAUUAUUUUUUGUCCAAAGACAGUGGUGAUUUAAAAUAGUGAAAGACGCUGAGCACAUCACAGAUAAUUAGUCUGCUGAGUUAAUGCCAUACAGUUCUCUUCUUUUGUUUUGUAUGCAUUGUAUUAUUGAGAUGUAAAGGGGGAGGUAAGGCUGACCGUUCUCUUCAUUGAACCGAGCCCUCAGAUGCAUUCUCCCAGGUAAAAUGUCCAUUUGUCAAGUCACUGGUUGUUUCUGUCACUCAGAUCAAUGGGGAAUAUCUUCAAUGGGUCCUGUGUUUGCUUAUCCGGCUCAUUCAUGAUCUUUGAAUUUCUGUUGAUUAGCUGAGUGGUUUUCAUUUCGUUGGCAGAUGUCUCAAUCAAAUCUGAGGCAUCAUUAAUGAUAAAAAAAAAAAAAACUCCCAUUCCUACCCUUUAUGAUUAGUAAAAGAUGUGUCUCAUUGUAAGUAGCUUCAUAGGGUAGGUCCUGCUUUAAGCUUGGUGCCUAGGCCUACAGGUGAAGCAGAAUGUCUUACAUGGAAAACACAUUAAAGCAGACCAAACAGCCAGACUAUACUGUACAUCUGUCGAAGGGAAGGGACCUGUGUGGCUAAAUAAUUGAUGAACCAGCAGUCUCACCUCACAAGGGAUCAGAAUUAUGUAAUUCUUGUUUGGUGGCAAGUCUCCUUCCUUAUGACUACAGUAAAUGCGGACAAAUGAUAAAGAUGUUAUUGUAUCAUAAAGAUGAAGAUUUUUAUAUCUUACAAAUAUUGAAUUAAAAAUCCAGUUGCUAUAUGA